CGAUGAGGGAGAGGAAAAGAAGAAUGGAGGCAGCGAGCCAGGCGGCGAAAGAAUUGGAGGAGGUGAAAAAGCAAAGAGAGCAGAUGGCGACGCAGGUGGACCUAUUGGGGAAGAUGGAGAUAAUGGCGAGGAACAUUGCCUUACGCUCUAUACGGCUGGGGCUCCGGGACUUCGCUACAGAAUUGGCGACGCAGGUGGGCUCAGAGGGCCGUCCGGCAGAUGCUGAGGAUCCGCAGGAUCUUGCAUUGGGUGAUGGAGCUGGUGCAUCGGGGGAGCCCGGUAAGUCGUCGGCAUGGGGAGACGGUGGGCUUGACACAGGUUCAACGGGGGGACAAGGCAGUGGUGUCGGUUAUGAUUCAACAUCUGUUCAACGGCGGGAGAGGGCAGCUUUUGUUGCCUGUACAACCGCUCCGGAUUCCAGGGGGCCUGACCUCCCGUCGGAGAUUGCUGAACACUUGCGGAGUCCCGUUCUGGCUGCCGCUCGCCCUCCACGACCUCCAUCGGGUGUGCAGCAGUCGUCCAUGACGAGUUACGUGGUGGAUGAGCUGCAGAAGGAGUUCGACCAGGGGGUUGAUUCGUUCUUCUUUGAGAACGCCAUCGCCUUCAAUGCCGCGCGCUCAGACUCGUACAAGAACUUGGAAAGGAUCAUGAACCUGGCAACGAGGUCGAGGAAGUUGCGAAUGCCAGGGUACAACUACUUGAGGACGAAGGCCCUGCCCGCGGAGUACAAAGUGGUGGACAAUGAUUUGGACAAGAUCCGAGAGCCGUGGGAUGUCACAGGCCUCACCUUGAUGACGGAUGGCACAACAACGACCAGCAACAGGCCGGUCAUGAACUUCAUUGCAGCCGGCGAUUCGGGGGCGGUCAUGGUGAGGAGUGUGGACAUGGAGGGGAAGGAUAAGUCGGCUCCGACUUUGGCGAGGAUGUGUGUGGAGGUCAUAAGGGAGUUGGGGGUGCAUAGGGUCAACGCCAUCUGCACCGACUCAGCACAGGUCAACAUUUCUGCCAGGAAGAUUUUGGCUGAGCACGAGGACCCUGCCAUUAGAAGCAUUCCAUGGGUGUCGUGCGCAUGCCAUGUGUGCAACUUGCUCAUGUCUGAUAUUGCUUCGGUGUCAUGGGUUGCGGAGGCGAUUCUGCAGGGCAGGGAGAUCACAACCUUCAUCAAGAGACAUCAGCGGGCGUUGGCGAUGUUUCGGAAAAGUGGGAGGGAGUACAGGACACGGAUGAACAUCAAAGAAGGGARGCYGUUGGAGMUGAUCCAGCCGGGGGARACUAGAUUUGGCACRAACUUCCUCAUGCUGCAGCGUYUUCGGGAGUGUGAGGGCGUGUURCUGUUGACYGUUUCCAACCCGUGGUGGGAUGACUCUCCAUGGGACAGGACAGCAGCGACACGGGCGCGRUCGUGCAAGGAGCUCAUACGAGACCCUGGUUGGUGGUUGGCUGUGGACAGGGCAUGCACCUUGCUUGAGCCCGUUUACGCCUUGAUGAAGAACAUGGACAAAGAUGGGAGGAUGGGUAUGCAGGUGUGGUCGUUGGGCAUCACGUUGGAGAAGAGAAUGGCCGUGCUACCCAUGGAUCACGAGACAAGGCAAUUCGUGAUGGCGAAGGUCAAAGACCGUGUGCGGAUGAUGGCUCUACCUGUGCAUGCAGUGGCUUGGAUGUUGCACCCGCUCCACCGAUCACCUCGACUCUUCGACGACAUGGAUUCCGAGGAGAUUGCGAACACUUUGACACACUUUGCUUCGGUUCACCUGAAGAAUUCAAAGGAGUACAAAGAGUGUUGGAACUCCCUUAAGAGUUUCCAUCACAUGGAUCCUGAGUGGAUUGGGAAGAACUUUGAGGAGGCUUUGACGGGCGGUCACAUGUCUAUGGCGCACUGGUGGUUGACUUAUGGGAAGAGGCACCCAACCUUGAUGAAGAUCGUUGUCAAAGUGCUUAGCAUGUGGACCACAGCCUCUCCCUGUGAGAGGAAUUGGUCCACGUUCGAUCUCGUUCACUCGAAGAGGAGGAAUCUGUUGAGCCCGAAGAACCUGGAGAUGCUCGUCUUCAUCCACUGGAACAAGAAGUUGCUGCGCAUGUCGAAGGCCAAGAUGGGAUUCGUGAACACCGAGCAGCUAGAGUGGAAGACACCCGAGGACGACGCUCCUUUCGACGGUUUCAUGCGAGACGGGGAGUACGACCCCGCAGAGGUGAAGAGGAGGGCUGCCAACUGGUCGAAAUCUCGAGGGCGCAGAUCGAAGAGCACCAGAUUCGACGUGCGGGAGAUUCAGGAGGAGAGGGUGGAUGACGGGGCGUGGCUCCUUGAUGUUUCCUACCGCCCUCGCCGUCUCGCGGUUGACGACCGCGGGAAGACCGCUGCUGCUGUUGAUGAGGAGGAGGACGACAGAGACGACAGCGAUGGUGAUGAUGAGUUACUCGAAGUGCGGCUCACAGACAAUCGGCUUAGCAGGCGGCGGGUCAUGUUCCGCGACAAAUCUGCGCGGCCGGUGGUGUGGCUUCAGUUCAAGGAACCAGCACAGUCUUGGGCGCGCAACACACUCCUCAACGGCGAGCUGCGGUCGAGGAACUACGCACAGGCUGCGGGGCGACAUGCAGAGGAUCGGCGGAUGUUGACGAGGACAGUGCUGCUGCGGGGGAUGUUGGAGACUUUGGUGUGUUUGUGGACGUUCUGGUUCCCGGUGCUGCUGAACACGAGGAUGGAGACAGGUGCGGACAAGGACGACCCGGUCCUUGGAGCAGCAGAGGACACCCAUUGCACCGGCGGCGAUGUGUUCUCCACUCCGGACCCAGGGUUGCCGCUCGCUGACAGAUUCGCCUCCUUGUUGCAACACGUGGCCCCCAUUGCUGCGAGAGGCUCCAAGACAGACUUCCAGAAACACCUGGCUGCGAUGUCCCCCAUGAGGAGCGAUUCCGAGGGACAAACUCCUGAUUGGGCCAGAUUCACUGGACCGACCACUCCCACUCUGCAGUUGAGCGAGGACACUCCCACACAGGCCGGGGACGGAUCACAAGGCAUGGUGUACAAGAGGAGGACCCGAGCUGCUGGACUUGACCACCCACAAGAUGCAGCUGCACAAAGUGAGCCAGACUCGCCGCCCGAAAUCAACGCGAGCUUGGUGCGCCAAGUGAAGAGUUUGGCGGGCAGGAAGAAAGGAGGGAAGAACAAGCCGAAGGAGACAGCGGAACCGUCGAGACAACGUGGACGAGGCAAGGGACGCAGGACAGUCACACCGCCGGCGACCUUGCAAGAGAACCGUGCUGUUGUUCGGCAGGCAAAGAACAGGAAGGCACAAAAAGUUCUAAAGAAAGCCACCACAAAGAGGAGGAAGUGUGUGCAAGAGGACGAUGAAUCCGCAAGCAGCAGCGCUUCGUCUUCCGCAGAGGAAGUGGAAGCGCAGCCGAGGUCAUCGACCGACGUGUCGUCAUCGAGUGACGCAUCGUCCUCCUCUGACACGUCGUCGAGUGACGCGGAGGAGACAGGCACGAGUAGCAGCAGCGAAUGAGAGAGAGAGAGAGAGAGAGAGAGAGAGAGAGGGAGUGAAACAUUCUUCUUCUUCUUCUUCUUCUUCUUCUUCUUCUUCUUCUUCUACUGCUCCCUCCUCUUCCACUUCUUCAUCAUCUGCUUCUUCCUUCUCGUCUCUUUCAUCCAUGUCCGGGGUGGACUGUGUUUUCUAUGACUUCAUGGACGUCGGGACAGUGAGACUAUAAUGGAGCCUGAAUCCUCUGCAAGGAGCCUGGUUUGAUGUUGCAAAAUGCU